AUGUCGACCCCAGGUAUUAAACCCGUUGCCUUCCCAGCUCGACUAGUGCCAUAUCACUUUAAGGAACGUAUCAGAACAGAGAUUGACAAGAUGGUAGCCCAAGAUGUCAUUGAAGAACAUCCACCAACAGAACCAGCACCUUGGGUGUCAAACGCAGUUAUUGCACCCAAAUCGGACGGCGCCAUUCAUAUGACCCUUGACGCUCGCAAUGAGAAUAAAGCGAUCCAAGCUUCCAACCUGCCCAUCCCAAGGCAAGAAGACAUUAUAGCUAAACUUAGCGGAGCGAUGGUGUUCUCGAAGAUGGACUUUAAAUCGGCCGUUUGGCAACUUGAGCUCCACCCAGAUUCCCGGUACCUUACGGUGUUCCACGCAAACGAUAAACUAUACCGAAAUAAGCGACUCACCAUGGGCGUAAAGCCAGCACAAGGAGAACUUAACAUGGUUCUUCAACCGCUUUUCGCACAUAUUCCACAAGCACACCUCAUCCAUGAUGACCUUAUUGUUGCAACAGAAACCGAUGCAGAACACCAUUCCGCGAUUACUGCCGUCAUGCAAGCCAUCACUAACGCUGGUAUAACCCUUAUUCCAAGAAAGUGCACUUUCGGUGCCACUGAGAUCGAAUUCUGGGGUUUGCGUAUUGGUUCCGCAGGAGUACGACCAGAUCCCGCCAAAGUGGAGGCACUAAAGCACAUCACACCGCCUCUAUCAAAGGAAGAAUUGGUCAGUUUUCUCUGUAUGAUGCAGUCCAAUGCCGAUUUCAUUCCAAACUUCGCACAACACGCGGCCAAACUGAGAGAAAUGACCAAGAAAAAUAGUCGAUUCACAUGGACGAAAGAACACCAUGCCGCUUACGAAGCAUUAAUCGAACGAUUCACAGUAAAUACCCUACUCGAGUAUUUCGACAUGAGCAAGCCAACUUUCAUUUUCACCGAUGCACACACUACUGGGCUUGGGGCCAUGCUAGCGCAAGGAGAUACACCAGAGAGCGCAAGACCAAUUGCUAUAGCUUCUAGAACAACAAACAAGGCCGAGCAGAGGUAUGCACAAAUCGACCUUGAGGCCCUUGGUAUUGAUUUUGCUCUACGACGAUUUCGCAACUAUAUCCUUGGUUCCCCAACCGAUAUCCAG